UCGUUGUCCGGAGGAUUUGGGAAGACGAACAAUGCUAAAUGUCAGUUCUUCUGCCAGUUCAUUCUUACAAACAAAAUAUAUCCAGUUAUUUAAUUGAAACUAUAUGAAACUUAUCAAAAAAAUACAGGCUAUUAGGCUAUUAUAAAAACAGUGAAUCUAGUCUGUACAGCAUGCGCACUAUUUAACAGGCUUUUUAAAAAGACAGCGGAAAUUCGGGAUGUAUUUCCAUGUUAUAUGACGUAAUCUGAUGUUCUCAAGGAAACUAUGGCUUUAUCAACUGUAUUACGGUCGUCAGUGGACACGGAGAUUUUGGAAAUUUAAAAGUCUGCAGGGAGGCGUUAGUCUGUCUGGAGUGCACACCCCUAAUGAGGGCUGUCAGAGAAUUCUUCAUCAAGUUUGGGAGCCAAGUCGAAUAUUAAACUGGAUAAUAAGACCAAAAAAAGUCUUCUAUGAAUUUGAACAAGCCCUAAUAGUGCAGCUCAAGACUGGUUUAUGUCAGAGGACCAUCGUUGCUGCUGUUGUCCUGUGUUCGCUAUGAAGCUUAUUACCGAGAAGGAAAGAUGAGCACUAAUUUUGCUUUACCCAGACCAUUGAGGCGAUCUGGAAGUCUGCCUGCCUCGAGGACUAUUCGGAUAGUAGUCUUGGGACAAGGCGCGGUUGGAAAAACAGCCAUGACAGUUCGGUUCAUCACCAAGAGAUUCAUCGGGGAAUACGAUCCAACACUAGAAACUAUUUACAGACAUGAAGCUGCAAUAGGUGGAGAAGUUGUUCACUUCGAAAUCUUAGACACUGCUGGUCAGGAAGAAGAUGCCUUACUCAUAGAAGAAAAGAUUAAAUGGGGCGAUGGUUUUGUAAUUGUGUACUCCGUGACGGACAGAUGCAGCUUCGACGAGGUGAUGAGGCUGUGUUUCCUGGUCAACCACAUUCACUCCAACUCCAGGAAAGGGAGCAGCGACCCCCCGCCCAUCGUAAUCGUGGCCAAUAAGCGGGAUCUGGAGUUCGACAGGAUGGUCACCACUGAGGACGGAGAGAACCUUUCCAGGGCCCUCAAACACCCGUUCUGUGAGGUCUCCACCAGGGACUGCUACGAGGAAACGGUGGGGGUCUUUCACACGCUUUACAGCGAAAUGCUGAAGCAGCUGAGCUCCUCUCCCACCUCCUUCCGCAGAAGAGCCGUUUCCAAACUGAUGGAUAAAAUCCCAAAGGUCCAUGCUAACUCCACGCUGGGGUCCACCGGCAGGAGCUUUAGUUUCAAUUCGUUUAGAGACUUCCUGCCUGAGUAAGUGAGCGUUUUAAUGACCCUUUUCAAUAUGAUGACGGAUCAAUACUGAUGAUGAACUAGUUUGCUGGUCAUAACUGCUCUACCGCUUGGAGAGGACUGUCACAAAGUCCCUACGUGUAGCCAAGGUGGAAGAAUUGUAAAAUUUGGGAAAGCAUUUGUGGCAGAUUUUGCUCAAAACAAGGUGGCGGAUUGCACUGCAAGUGGAAUAUAGUGGUGCACACACAGUACAGAUUGCUUUGUCCAGUGAGAUGUAUUUGAUUGCAUAGGGUAGGGAUGGGAAAUUCAGGUACCUGAUUGUAUGCUUUAUUGUUCAAUAGCACAAUUAAGCUGGGAGGAGAACAAAUCUUAUCAUCCAUGGCAUACUGUGGGUACUUUGUGACAAGACAGUACUGAAGGAUUUUCACUGAAUAUAAAGUUCACUGAUCACUCAAACUGUAUCAGGAGCUGUUUGUUUCCCAUAAUUGAUAAUGAUGCAUAGCUUAUUUAUUCUCAGUUUCUGUUUUAGGAGGUGACUCACACUGUGAGUCAUAUUAAGAAAAGACUGUGAGAUAUAGCCGGUCAACAAAAUGCCACUUUUGUAAAAUCACUCAGCAGAUAGUAAACAGACCCCUCAGUGUAUCAUAUCAUCAUAAAGUUGGUAUGGUGCUUAUUUUGACACAUGACAAGACACCCAAUGUUAGAAAGGAAACUGGUAUAAAGGGGCAAGUAUAAUGCCUGAGAAACCUGAUGAGUGGAAGUUUAACAGCAGGACAUUUACAAGAGGCUUACAUAUGGCAAGAACAGCCAAAACUGUAACUGCUAUGUACAAUUUUAAAUGUACUGUAUUGGUCAAAUCUAUAAGGGCAUUUGUGAUUAUGAACAGCAAAGCCUGGAAUGUGAGGGAAAAUAAAAGGCAGCCCUGCAAAAGCACUUGGUAACAAUAUCUUUAUGUAGCAACUGGUUGACAGUCAUAAAAGUCUUCUCAAAAUACUGAGGGAACUGCCCUUCAAUUUAUUCUGCUAUUAAUGUGUAGUCUUUAUUUCAUUUUUGCUUUAUAUCCUGCCAAGUGUGUUCCCUACGGUUUCUGCUUUUUUUCCCCCUAAUUUCUUUUACCAGGUUUGCUAACUUCCAACCACAUUUAAAUUUGAAUUUAUGAAAUGAGGAAAGGAUCACUAAUGGUGUGCAGCUGUAAUUUAUGUCUCCUCUAAAACUGUGAUUUUGUACUUGUAACAGGGUCUUGCUUCUGGGUGUGUGCAUUCGCUGCUGAGUGACAGGCAGGAGAUCAAGACAGGGGUUGAAG